CUCUUUUUCUUAUUUGUAUACAUGUUUUCCAGGACAAAGGUGGAGAAUAUCUUGGGCCUUGUAUUUAAUACAAUUAACCUAAGUUUGUACCUGGGUGCCAUGGCAACUUCCUUAAUGAAAGCCAUAGUGCAACAUUCAGAUGUAUCACAAAUAUUGACAUGUAUCUACGGAUUCCUGUUAUCAGCAUGUAUGAUUAUCAUUGAACUGAAUGUAUUUGAUUCGGUGUUGCAUGAAUUUCGGUUUUUUACAAGCUAUCGAGGUAGAAGUGUGAUACUAUUACUACUAGGUAGUAUUGUUUUUAGCCUAUCUCAUUUGGUCCUGUUGGUGGUUUCAGUCACACUCUUUUCGUUUGGAUUCAUUUACAUGAUACUGUCUUUUAUCCCGACUGCCUUUUCUGCCAAACCCAUUGUUGAAAACUGGCAAAAUUGGCAGGAGUAUUCUGCAGAAGGCUUAGAUUUGGAUCGGCCAAUGAAUCAAAAGAAUUCGAUUGAUAAUGCGGCACGUUUAAAAUUAUCCAUGAUUGAAAGACCUCCAAGCUGUAUAUUAAAGCCUGUUUAA